AUGGGCCGCACACAUGUUCCGCACUUGUAUCCGCACUUCGGCGAGCGUGCAUUUAAUCGCCUCUCUGCCCAGCGGGCUUCGCCCCCUUUCUCCAUCAGCUUGCGCUACACUUUCUACCACGCACACCAUUCUCCAGCAUCCCUAUACCUCGUAUCUGCCCACAACCAGUACGAUAUCGUAAGUCCCACCCCACUCCACCCGCGCUCAAGGGCGCCUUACUUGCCGACCGAGGCGGCUGUAAGCAUGGCGGUCUUCAAGGGCGGACCUGCCCUGCCCAAGCGCACCGAGAGGGCGGAUGAGGUCGACGACGCCGUGAGUGGCAAGCGUCAGCGACGCACGACCGAGCUCCUGUCCAACCCCAUCAACGAGGACCAGGAUAUGCCUGACGACGACAACUCUACGACGCAGCGCAACAACAGCCGCAAGGACGCCAACAAGAUGCCGAUGGUGAUCGAAGGAGGCGAUACCGCCAAGCCCGUCUCGGAGCUGCGCUCCACCAUGGACGCUGAGAUCGACGACGCUCGCGAGGGAAGCACCACCCCGGUGAAGGAGGAAUUCGACAUCCCCGCCCCGCCCACCACGCCCAAAAAGGCAUCGCGCAAGGUCAAGGCCGAGAGGAAUGACCUCCUCAAGACUCCAAGCAAGAAGGAAGAGGCCGGAUCCAGCUCGGCCGCUCAGCGCUCGCCUAGGGAGCAGGCCCCGCUCGCUAGCGCUUGGCAGCCAGAGCACUGGGACGAUCUGAACUUUGCAAUCCUCAAGGUCGUUCAUGAUCAUGCUACCGAGCUGUACGACGCGAGCCCCUCGCUCGCUCCCUGGAGGAUCAAAGGCCGUCUGCUCGUCAAGCUCCGACAGCUCCUGAAGGAUGCACAGGGCGGAGACGUGGCGUCCAAGCGCUGGGACGUCGAGAUGAAACCCAACCGCACUAAGGCUUCUCCCAAGAAGCAGCCUUAG